GUCAAAAGUCUAUGACAAUUUCCUGAGCUGUUUGAUGAAAACUCCCAGACCACUUGACGCAAUGUGUUCAGAAACCAACAGCACAAGUUAAUGGCUCAGACAUGAAGGAAAAGACAUUGAAAGAUCAAAUAAUUGUAUUGCCGUUGUAAUCUUCUGGAGUCUGUAGUCGCAUGAAGACGCUGGCACCUCACAUGCACACUCGGCUCUUGGGGCAACAAACCGGGUGAUGAGCUGCGCUUCGCAACUGAAGUAGAGCAGCAACGACUAAAAUGAUCGAUUCACGCGAUCUGAAAUUUUUUAUGGGUUUCGGAAAAAUUGUCUAUUAGUGACGCUUCUACAUACACUCAUUCAUACAUACAGUACGUGCUUGUAUGUGUGCAGGGGCAUACAUUGUUUUGAACGUCAGCUACGCUGUCUAUGGUUUAGCGAUUCUCAGACUACAAUGACAAUUUGGAAUGAACUCACUCGUCAUUUCCAAUUGGAGCUCUCCAGUUGUAGGACCAUCGGUUUUCGUUGCUGUUAUUCGCAAUCCAGCGGUGGUCGCGAUCGGAAGCCCUGAAAUCGGAAUUACUUCUUCUCAAAAAAGUGUAUAUUUUUUCACACCGUAGUGGAGUGCCAAGCAAACACUAAAGAAUUUUACAACAGUGUGUGUGCAUAAAGGAUAACAAUGUUGCCCAUUCGUUGGGCUUUCGUCGGCAUCGCGCUGUUGAUUGCAGCUACAAAUGGAGCAACCAUAGCUUCAUUAGAUGGAAGCGUGGCAGAAUCGAAUUAUGAGGUUGAUAACGAUCAACUUGAUUUGGAUAGAUCAAAGCGAAGCGGAAGAGGCUAUAUGCGUGGUCAGACCCAAUCACAGUAUCUGAAUUUCGGAAAACCAGAACAAGAUGGAAAAGCAGAAGCAGAGGCUAAUGAACACGGAUCUAGAACAACAGUUUCUGGAAGCCAUGGUAUGGGACAAGCGCAGAGUCAAUUUUCAAUGGGAGAUUGCAGUGAUUGUCCAUCAAGUCCCACCUACGAAUAUCCCUCGGGCUCUCCCGAUCCGCUCACUUAUAUUGGUGUUAGUGGUAGGCCAGAUGCUUUAAGAAGCAUUCCUGGCACUGCAGGUACUGCUGCCAUUGGUGGUCCUGGAGCUGCUGGUACAUUAAGGCAAGGUGGUGUAACGGCUCCCGGUAGUUUACAGCCUGGUAGCCCUGGAGGACUAGGUGAAAGAGGCUCUGCUGCUGGACCCGGCUCUGGUUACGGUAUUGGUAUUGCUGGUCAGCCCAUUGGACCUGGAGGUGUAAGCGGUAUUGGGCGGCAACCUGGCACCGGUUAUGGUGUUGGUACUGGUGGUCUACCCGUUGGACCUGGUGGUAUCGGACGACAACCUGGUGUUAGUGGUCAACCAACUGGACUUAUACCUUCAACGCCGAGCGCAAGUACUGGUAUCCAACCAGGUGCGACUUUAAGACCUGGAGCUAGACCCGGAACAUCUUAUGGACCCAGUACCCUAGGAACUGGUGGAGGACCUCAAGCAGGAGGUAUUGUUAGACCAGGUGGACUUCGACCUGGAGCAAUUUAUGGACAACCAGAGGGCGUGCAGUCAGGUAGUGCUUUGAGGCCAGGUAGUGGAUAUGGUACUGGAUUAAUUGGUGGUCCUAGAGCAGAAGGAGUUGGAGUUGGACCUGGUGACAGUAGCGUUGGACAAGCUGGCCUUGGUCGUCAGCAAAUUGGUGGUCAAGUUGUACCUGGUGGUGCGUAUGCUCCUAGUGGUGGUGUUCAAACUGGUCAACCCGGAACAGGAGUGGUCGGAUCAACUGUUGAUCAAAGACCAGGAGCACUUGUACAAGGUGGUCCACAAGUAACAGGACAGCCAACUUAUACAGGUGUUGCUAGCGGUUUACAACCUGGUCAGACAGGUGGAUUAUAUGGACCACAACCAGGUCAUCAACCCGUCCAAACGGGAGGUGUAGUGGGUGGUGGUGCACUGCCUGGUGGUAUUUAUGGACCUGGUUAUACCCCAAUUACGGGGUCAAGACCACAUGGUGCUGUCAGGCCUGAAGUAGGAUACGAUGGCGUAUAUGAUACCGGUUAUGCGCCAGGAACAGCAGGAGUUCAAACCGGUGGUAGACUUCAACCAAGUGAUGUGCAAGCACCAGGAGUUGGUUUUCCCACUGGAUCUUAUAUCUACGGCCCCAGUCCGAUUGGUCAAGCACCAGGAUCUGGUGAGGGAUUGCAUAUUGGUCAAGCUGGUAUCCCUUCUGGAGUAGUAACGAGAGGUCAGCCAACUGGACCAGAUGUAAGCACUUAUCCAACUGGAUCUUAUUGGCAGCCUGGAAGUGGAGUAUUUGUUACUCCAUCUGGACCUAGUGAAGUUUAUGCACCAGCUGUCGUUGGAGGUCGUGGAGCCCAGUCUGGUGCAGGAUAUCAGCCAGGUGUAGGAUAUCAACAAGGUGCCCAAUUACAACCCGGUGCUGGAUAUCAACCCGGAGCAGGUUUGCAGCCUGGAGCAGGUUUUCAACCCGGUGUAGGUAUACAACCAGGUGCUGGACAACAACCCGGAGCAGGUUUGCAACCCGGAGCAGGUUUGCAACCUGGAGCAGGUUUGCAACCUGGAGCAGGUUUUCAACCCGGUGUAGGUGUACAAGCAGGUGCUGGACAACAACCCGGAGCAGGAUUACAACCAAGUGUAGGAUAUCAGCCAGGAGCAGGUUAUCAACCAGGAGCAGGUUAUCGACCAGGAGCAGGUUAUCAAGCACGGGCUGAACAACAACCCGGAGCAGGAUUACGACCAGGAUCAGGAUAUCAACCAGGAGCAGGCUUACAACAAGGUGCAGGAUUAGGUUAUCAACCGGACCCUGGACUACAACAAGGAGUAGGUUAUCAACCUGGUUCUGGAUAUCAACCAAGUGGAGGAAUACAGCCUGGUACGGGCUAUCAACCCAGCGGCGGGCUUCAACCAAAUGCAGGUUCACAACCCGCAACAGGCUCGCAACUUGGAAGAGAUCAACAGGGCGGAAGUUAUGGCUCAAUAUUGAGAGGACCUGAUGUUACUCAACCAGGCAGCAGUGUGCAACCUGGUGUAGGUUAUAGACCAGGUACUGGCAGUAUUUACGGGCCUGGGUACGAACAAUCAGGUGGUGCUCAGCCAGGAGGUCCAGGUCUAGCGGGAACAUACCCUGCUGAUGCUUAUGGGCCGGGCACAUUACCCGGUAGUGGAACAUUUGGACCACUUGGAGGUACAGGAACUGGAUCCACUGAUGUCGGUAGAGUUGGUGGUGCUGGUGUCCUCCCAGGUAGUGUUUCAGUAGGACCUGGUGCUUUAGUAUACCCUGGAGCUGCCGUCCCUGGCGCGGGAGCUUUGGGUGAGUAUAAAGAGGAAGCAAGUGGUGCAGGAGGAACUGAUGAUGCAUUCUCACAAGCUGAAUCCUCAAUUAGCGAAGGCCAAGCAGCUGCCAGUGCACAAGGCAAAAAGAAUGGCGGUACUGCCAAAACUCAGGUAUCAGGAACAUAUAGUUCCACUGGAACGUUCAGCGCCAGCGCUUCAACUUCUGACAGCGACCGCUCAGCUAAUGCCCAAGUGAGUGGAAAUAGUGAUGGAGCAAUGAGUCAGUCUCAAGGACAAGGUGGGGCAGCACAAUCGCAAGCGCAGGUUCAAGUCAAUUCGAAAAAUGGAGGCACUAAAGCAUCCUCACAAAGCGGAGGUGUAAUCCAUCAAAGUCAAAGUGAGGUACAAGCCAACGAUAAAGGAGGUUUGGCUGAUUCUCAGUCCAGCGGACCUGGGCAAACAUCAUCCCAGGCUCAAAUUGGUUUCCGACCCAAUCAAGAUGGUAGUGCUCUACCACCAACAACCGGAGGUGGCCAAGCAUCUGCUCAAUCUGGUAGCCACUCAGGACAGAGUCAAUCGCAGAUUCAGGGCACAUCUAAAUUCGGUGUAUCAUAUCACGGUGCAGCCCAAUCUGCAUCGGGUACUAAAGAGCAAGUUGCAAGUUAUCGCGAACAAAAUCGUGAAUUAUUUAACAGCAUAAGCCAGUUUGGAAAUACUGAUGCUGUAACUGAUCGUGUAGACACCGUAUAUAGUGGACCUAGUGGAACAGCAUUGACAGCUGAGGGCAACGCUUUACCAGAUCUUGAGUUGAAGUCUUCGAAGAGUGUUAAAGAAAUCGUGAACGCCAACAAGGUUACGGACGAAGAUUCCACUUUAAACGAAGAUGAAGAAGAGGAACCUUACGACGAAUACGAUGAUGAAGAUGAAUACUACAAUGAAAAUUCGAAGUUGGAUAGUCAAACCGGUAACAAACCCGAGUCCCAAUCACCAUAUCGAACCUAUACACAAAAUUCACCGACACAGAGUCAACAGGCUGCUGUACCCAAUUCGCCAGAUAAAUAUCUAUUGGUACAAAAUCAAAAUGGACGUGUGCAGAAAUAUCCUUUCCGAUCGACCACAGAAAUGGUACCACGUGGUUUCCGCGGUACCGUUAACGUGGAGAAAAAAUUCCACACCAAGGCAGUGAAAUCUCAACCCACGGAUAAUGAUCUAGAUAGCGCUGAAGAGCAGACACCAACAAAACAUCGCACACCGGACAGUUAUGUAACGGUGACCAAAUCGAUUACUGGCAGUAUGGAUAACACUAAGAAUCCACCACAGGAAAAUAAGAAUUUCCAAUCGACUUAUUACACCAAGUCAUCGACUUGUGGUUACUUCACAUUUUCCUGCAACAUAGUAUACGGUGCAAAUGGUCGCAGUAAAAUCUGCCGGCCGAAGGCACCAACCAAUGGAAAAUGUUAGAUUUUUACAAAAUAAUCGAUAUUUUUUCGUAUCAGUAAUAACCUAGUUGUUAAAAUAAGCUGUAGCCUAACUCGAAUGUAUUCUUAAAUUCCUAACAAAACGUAACAUUUAAACUUACUUAAGUCGAAUUAAUUGUUUACCACACAAUUAAAGCAUUAAAUGGCGCCUUGAUCACAUGUCUCAAGCUCCAAUAUCGUAACUAAUAGGAUGUUUUGCAUACUUACUAAUUACUAUACACUGCCACAGAAAGACCCGAUAAACAGAAAUGCUAAAAUGCUUAUUGAUAAUUUUUUAAUAAAUGUAAUUUUUAUUUUUUAACACACAA